AGCAGUCCGAUGUAUUCGUGGGUCUGGCUAUCGCUCCUCGCGGCGCUAGUCGUCGUCUCGCUUGGCCUCUACUACCCUCUCUUUGGCGGCUCGGCGCUCGAGGGCAUCCUCGCGACGCGCCCGCUCGUCCGUCUCGCCAAUGCGAUGUGGGGGCGGUCCACCCGCAAAAAGAUGGAGGCCGAAGGCGUCCCUCGCCCGACCGCGACCAUCGAGUACUCGCCAGGCCUCGAGAUGGACGUGUACGACGGGCGCGACGCUCCAACCUCGCCCGCGCCGUGCAUCCUCUACUUCCACGCCGGCGCCUUUCUCGUCGGCGACAAGGCGUUUGGCGCGGGGACUUUGGGCUGGAUGGUUGCGCGCGGCGCGGUCGGCAUCUCGGUCGGGUAUGCGCUCACCUCAGGCAAGGACGGCCGCGGCCUCGGCGGCUGCAUCGACUCUGCCAACGCGGCCCUGAGGUACGUGCGCAGCAACGCCGCCUCGCUCGGCAUUGACCCGGCGCAGGUGGUGGUGUGGGGCGACUCUGCGGGCGGGCUGCUCUCGCUGGCGCUCGGCACGGGGCUGGCGACGCCGCGCGCCGUUGCGUCGGUCGACCGCCCGAUGCUGGUCGUCGCCGGGUGGCCUUGCUGCACGGUGGAGAGCCGCUGGUACGCGCCCCGCAGGCUGCCCGAAGGCGGCUGGGCAGAGACGCCCUCGCGGGGAGAGAUGGACCCGCCGUGUGCCUUUGUGCCCGAGGGGAAGGGAGGGACCGCCGCGGCGGCCCAGCGCCAGCUUCAAAGGGUGCUCGCCGGCACCUUCCUCCUCUUCGGCCCGCGCGGAGGCGGCUGGCUCCCCGCCUCCGUCCCGGCGCACUGGCCGCAGGACGACGGCGCCUCCCUCUCGCCGCUCUCGCGCGCGUCGGAGGCGGGCCUGCCGCCGACGCUCCUCCUUGUCGGCGGAGCGGACGGCACAACCCCUGCCGGGCAGGCUCUCCUGUUUGCCGAGCGCGCGCGAGCGGCGGGCAGGGCGGUGGGGGCGCUGGUGUUUGAGGGUGCAGACCACGGGACUGGAGGGGUCAACUGUGCGGCGGGCCGCUCCGCGGUGCUCCGCUUCCUGAAGCAGCACGGCCUCCGCGGCGUCGACCUCGAGGCGGACUCGGUGGGCGAGUCGCACGUCGAGGCGGCGACGCGCGUCUUCGGGACGGGGGGCGUCGAGUACAGCAGUGCGCCGCUCGAGGGCAAAGACGGGCAGUGGCUGGUCGAGGGGCGAGCGACCGUCUCGCUGCCACCCGCUGCACCCGCCGACAAGAAGAUGAUUUGAUCUGCGCGCCGCCAGAUCGACACGCCGACGCGUUGCUGCCUUGUCAGCGGGGAGCCUCAAUCCGCAGAUCCACUUCGAGCUCCUUUUCGAGUUUUGUACUAUUUAUGUCGUGUGCGCGCAUGGAUGUCUAGCCCCGGCGCGCUCCCCCUGGUUGCGCGCAUGUGAGCGAGGUAGUGUUUCUCUGGACUCUGCCCCGCGCGCGCGGCCGCUCUCCAAAAUCUAGUGCCGC